GGUGGCAAUCGGAGUAUGGUUGCUAGUCCUACCCAAAAUUCUGUGUCUCCUGCUACAAGUCAGGGUGGUCAAGGUGAUACCACUAGUUCUACUGGAAGCACACAGAUGCAAGCUUGGGUUCAAGGAGCUAUUGCUAAAAUCAGUAAUGUCGGUGAUGGAGUUUCGAAUUCAACUCCAAACCCCAUAACCGGUCCGCCAUCAUUUAUGCCUAUAAGUAUUAACACAGGAACUUUUCCGGGAACUCCAGCAGUUAGGCUCAUUGGGGACUGCCAUUUCCUUCAUAGAUUGUGCCAGCUUUUGCUUUUCUGUUUUUUCUUUCGACGAACGCAACUACCUCGCUUUAUUGGGAGUGCUCAGAGAAAUGCUAAUUCAAAUAUGCAAAAACCUCAGCCUGCUGCUCCUGGGAAGGUGGAAGAGAUCAACUCUAUACCUACAAAACCAAUAUCUGGUAUGACGAGGUCGGAAGAAGUGCAGGCAGCUCGGGCUGGUCAAGUCGUCUCUGGAACAAAAGGACCUGAAGAAGGUCCAGCUAACCGAUCAAGAUUAGGUUCUGGUAAUGCUGGACAAGGUUACACAUUUGAGGAGGUGAAGGUUCUCUUCCUCAUACUCAUGGAUCUCUGUCGGCGAACAGCUGGUCUGCUCCACCCCUUACCAGUUUCUCAGGUGGGGGGCAGCAACAUCCAGGUCCGCCUGCAUUACAUUGAUGGGAACUAUACUGUCUUGCCAGAGGUUGUAGAAGCAUCCCUCGGCCCACAUAUGCAGAAUAUGCCCCGGCCUCGAGGUGCCGAUGCUGCUGGUCUGUUACUCCGUGAGUUAGAACUCCAUCCUCCAGCUGAAGAAUGGCACAGGAGACAUAUGUUUGGUGGGCCCUGGUCCGAUCCAGAGGAUAUGGGUUCUGUAGAUGAUCCCUCCAGACUUAACACUUUAUCCGAUCCACUAAAACUGAAGUCAUUGGAGAACAGUGAUAUUUAUUGUGGGGCUAAUGGCUUGUGGCCAAGGAAGCGCAGAAUGUCGGAAAGAGAUGCAGCUUUUGGCUUAAACACUUCUGUGGAUCUGGGGGCAUAUCUUGGUAUAAUGGGAUCUCGAAGAGAUGUUGUGACUGCUGUGUGGAAGACUGGUCUUGAAGGAGUUUGGUACAAGUGCAUAAGGUGUUUGAGGCAGACAUCAGCAUUUGCUUCACCAGGUUCCAGCAACCCUACUAAUCAGAAUGAGAGGGAAAGGUGGUGGAUCAACCGCUGGGCUUAUGGCUGUCCAAUGUGUGGUGGGACAUGGGUUCGAGUUGUAUAGAGUAUUACAUUGACCAUUUCUGUUAUCAGGUUGUGUAACCUUCUCUUAUAGACUUAAAUGAAUUGACUACACAGUUACUAUGCCGGGAGGUCUGAAAGACUGAAAUAAAUUAGUUGGGGCUAUAGCUGCUUGAAGUUGACUGGAUUAGUUACAAUCAGGAGCAAAGUUAAGGAUUGAUGUUUUCCUACCAAACAUGACCUAGAUACUAACAUUCUGCUGUUGCUAUACCCAGCUCAGCUCAACUUUUUAUUUACAAGCCGUCCAUCAAGUGUUGGGGAAUAAUUGGAGGUUAGACGACGGCACAUCAUCCAUUUUUGGCUACUUAAAGUUGAUCACUGUCAUGUUUUUAGUAAGAAGCGCAAGAACAUAUUGAUAUAACUUGAUGUUGACCAAUGUAAGUUAUAUAUAUAUAUAUAUAUAUAAAUGUAUGUAUGUAUGUAUGUGUCACUUGAAGGGAGAUAACAUAUUGAUGUAACAUGAUGUUCAGUGUAAGUUUUAUUUAGUCACGGGAGAGAGCAUGGGGAUGUAACUCGUAAUUUAAAUCAUAUGAUGGUGAAUAGUUUGCUUUGUACUUUGUGUUUACUCGAAUCAGUCCUAGUUAAUCACUACAUAUGAUUAAAUUGAGAAGUUUUAUUUGUAAAUGACAUCUAAUAAUUAAAGCCAAAAUCUUGUCUGACUUUUACAGACGUAAA